AUGGUCAAAUAUAUACAAUCAUCAGAUGUUAAAAUCCCGGGAAUAGACGAUAAUUCCCAGUUAUCGGAAUGGAUAGAUUCCAAAAAUAUUAAGUUACAUCAGGGUCUUAAAAUUGGCCAGAGUUCAUUAGGAGGAAUUGGAUUAUUCUUAGACAAACAAGAAGAAGAACAUCCGGAAGAAGAUUAUUUCGAGAUUUUAAGAAUUCCAAGAAGUGCAGUGUUUGAUAUAGUAUCAUUAUUAAAUUUUCUUGAUGAAUUAAAACUAAGAGAUCGGGCAUAUAUUGGUGAAAAACCAGUUAGAGAAUCAGAAUUAAUUGUUAAUUUCUUAAGUAUUGUCGAACCAAAUACUGAGACUCGGAUCUUAACUACCUAUUUCAAUGCAUUUAAAACCUUACAAAAUAUUCAUAAACAAUUUCCUAAAUCUCAAUAUUUUAAAGAAUCACCAUUACAUAAAUUUGAUCCAUAUUUAUCGAUAUUAACCAAUACUUCUACCUUAGAAUAUCCCGAACAUACUGAGCAUGAAGAUAAAUUUAUCAUGAAAUGUAUUAAAGCCGACCAUGCGGUACAUGAUGAAUAUGAAUCAUUGAUUGAACAAUUGAAGAUCUUAUAUAUGACAAGAACCGAACUUGAUUUUGAAAAAUUAUUACCAUUUAAAGAAUGUUUUCAAAUUCAUCAAGCGAUUAGAUCAAGAACAUUGGAGAUUCCUCGUGAUGUCGAAACUGAAUCGGCUGAAUGUGCCAAGACUGAAUCUAAUAUCUCGGAGAAUAUCCAACGAAGAGAUUCUUUGGAUGUUACAAUGGCGUUAGAUAUGAAGACUAAGACGUUAGUGAUUGGAAAUAAUCAUGAUUAUGUUAUUGAUGUGACAUUGGCCCCAAUUUUAGAUUUUGUUAAUCAUUGUCAUUUUAAUAAUGCAUAUUUUGAUGUUGAUAGGGAUACAAAUGAUAUUUUAUUAAAAUUUAAGAAAGAAAUAUAUGAUUCGAUGAAAAUGGGAGAAGAAAUAGAAGUAUCGAUUUGUUAUUCACCAGAAGAUGAUAUUCAAGGGUUUUUAUUCACUUAUGGAUUCCAACCUCGAAUGUUACCAAAUAAAGAUUAUUAUCAAUUAUGUGAAUUGCAAUUAGAUAUGUUGGAUCAUUAUAUUGAAGAUGGAUUAUUAAUAUGUAAAUGGUUAAGAAUCUUACCUCAAAUUCAAUUAAUAGUUAAUCAAGAAGAAAUCUAUUUCAAUUUUUAUAAUAAUAAUUUACCAUUGUUAUUUAUUGAAGAUAUUACCUAUAAUGAUCAAUGGCCAGAUAUUAUGAUGGAACAUUUUCAAAAAUUCAAUAAUAUCCCCGCUGAUUAUGAUACUCAUCUUGAUCAACAAGAAUUAAUUAACCUAUUCGGAUAUCAAGAAAUGAAUUAUGAUUAUAUCAACGGAAUCGAUCCAAUUGGGGUCUUAUAUAAAGGAGAACCAGUCAUACAAGACCAAUCCCAAUUAUUAACCUUAACAGGAUAUGAUCAAGAAGAUAGCUUUAAUACAUUAGUAAUGAGAGCCAUUGAUUUCUUAAUCAAAUAUCUUAAAGAUAAACAAAUAUUAAUCAAAUGCAGCCGAGUUGGGAUUGUUAAUUCUUUUGAUACGAUGAUACUGGAAUAUCAAUCAUAUCAAGAUAAAUGUAUUGAUAAAAUCUUGAAGAAAUAUGAACAAGAUCCAAAGAGUUUGAUCUUACCGGAAGAAAUAGCCAAGAGUGAUUGGGAAACUCAGUAUAGAUCACCUGCAAAUGAAUUGUCAUUGCAAUAG